CUCCGUCGAGAAAAUAAAACAAACUGCAGACCACUCAGACCAGAGAGUCAAGAGUAGAGAGAGAGAGAGAGAGAGAGAGAGAGGAAAUGGGGGAUUUAUAUGCUUUGGAUUUUGAUGGAGUUUUGUGUGAUACCUGUGGAGAGAGCUCCCUCUCUGCUGUGAAGGCUGCUAAAGUGAGAUGGCCAACUUUAUUCAACGGUGUGGAUUCAACUUUGGAGGAUUGGGUUGUUGAGCAGAUGCACAUAGUGAGGCCUGUGGUGGAAACUGGAUAUGAGAAUCUGCUGCUUGUGAGGUUGCUGCUGGAGGCGAGAAUACCUUCUAUACGAAAGUCAUCGGUCGCGGAAGGGAUUACAGUGGAGGGGAUAUUGGAGAAGUGGUCAGAGCUGAAGCCUGUGAUUAUGGAAGAGUGGGGUGAGGAGAGGGAUGCUCUUAUUAAUCUUUUUGGGAAGGUCAGGGAUGAGUGGAUGGAUGAGGACCUAACAACUUGGAUUGGUGCAAAUAGAUUAUAUCCAGGUGUUCCUGAUGCAUUAAAAUUUGCAAGCUCAACCAUAUACAUUGUCACCACAAAACAGAGCCGAUUUGCUGAUGCUUUACUGCGAGAACUUGCAGGAGUUACAAUACCGCCUGAAAGAAUAUUUGGUCUUGGAAGUGGUCCCAAGGUAGAAGUAUUGAAGCAGCUUCAAAAGAAACCAGAACAUCAGGGGCUGAAACUGCACUUUGUCGAAGAUCGACUGGCAACCCUAAAGAAUGUGAUCAAAGAACCUGAAUUGGAUGGUUGGAAUUUGUAUCUAGGUGAUUGGGGGUACAAUACACAGAAGGAGAGGGAGGAGGCAGCUACAAUUCCCAGGAUUCGGAUCCUUGAGCUUUCUGACUUCAGUAAGAAGUUGAAGUAGCUUCUUUUCAUACCGUUCUUCUUCUUAUUCCCUAUCCAGCUGUGACUGUAUUAAUUCAUUUAAACUGCAAAUUUGUCGGAGACUUAGAAUUUUACAGUCAGAAAUUUUAUGUACUUCCUCUGUUGUAAUCUAUUGAACAGAAUUUGUCCCCUUUCAAACAAAGAAGCUGAGUAUUAUUGAAGUUGUUUCUGGGUUUUCAUUCUAA